AUGAAAAAGUUAGCAAAAGCCAUCUUAGGUGAAAUGGCUAAGGCCUUAGGGAUGGAACAAGAUGAAAUCACCGAGUUGUUUGAGGAUGGUGUUCAGUUGAUGAGGAUGAAUUACUAUCCCCCAUGUCCGGAACCAGAGUCGGCGUUAGGGAUUUCCCCACAUUCUGAUGCCACUGGGUUAACAAUCCUCUAUCAAUUAAAUGAAACCGAUGGCCUCCAAGUUCGAAAAGAUGGAAAUUGGGUAUCCGUUACACCUUUGCCAAAUGCUUUGAUAGUAAACAUUGGGGACAUAAUGGAGAUUGUAAGUAAUGGUGUGUAUAAGAGCAUAGAGCAUUGUGCAACAGUGCAGUCAAACAAGGAGAGGUUAUCGGUUGCCACAUUCUACAGUUCCAAUAUGGGUAUGGAAUUAGGCCCUGCACAAAGCCUUGUUGCACAACAUAAUGUAGCAAAGUUCCAGCGACUCACCCUUGAGGAAUAUUACAAGGGCUUUUUCGAUCGAAAGCUUGACGAUGUAUUGUUACUCGGUAGUGGUAAUUUUGCCACAUCAUGA